UGUUUGUUUGUUUUUUUAAGAAAAUACAAAGUUUAUAAAUGUGCAUUUCAGAUCAGAAUUGACUGGCCUGCUUUGUAAGAAAGUGUGUAUUCGAGGCAUAACCAUUAAAGAGCAAAGCAUUAAAGCCAUAUAUAUUCAUUUUGUUUUUGCAGUCAUGUUGCUAAAAGUACACAAGUUUAGUAGGAAAGUGUUUAGUAGCUUGUUGCACUGCCCUGGUUUGGGUGUUACCUGCCUUGGGAUGGGAAAAAGUUUAAUCCAGCAGCUUCCGUGUAGAAACUUCCAUGUCUCCUGCCAAAGAUGUACGACAAUGCCAUCCUGGGUGAUUGACCGUUACGGGAAGAAUGAUGUGCUGCGAUUCACAAAUAACAUGAUGUUCCCUUUAAUCAACUUCCCUAAUGAAGUGAUUAUUAAAGUCCAUGCUGCAAGCUUAAAUCCCAUAGAUGUUAACAUGCGAAGUGGUUAUGGAGCUGCUGCUAUAAAGAUGAAGCGGGAUCCGUUGCACAUCACAAGCACAGGCAGUGAAUUCCCUCUCACACUUGGUCGGGAUGUUUCUGGAGUUGUGAUGGAGUGUGGACUAGAAGUGAAAUAUUUCAAACCUGGAGAUGAGGUAUGGGCAGCAGUUCCUCCUUGGAAACAAGGCACUUUGUCAGAGUUUGUUCUGGCAAGUGGAAAUGAGAUCUCUAGAAAGCCCAGAUGUCUCAGCCACACUCAAGCAGCUUCCUUGCCUUAUGCUGGUCUAACGGCAUGGUCUGCCAUUCGCCACGCUGGGGGGCUAAAUCAGGAUAAUUGCAGCAAUAAGAGAGUAUUGAUCUUUGGUGCAGCAGGUGGAGUAGGUACCUUUGCUAUACAGCUAAUGAAAGCCUGGGGUGCUCAUGUGACAGCAGUUUGUUCCCAAGAUGCCAGUGAACUUGUGAAACGUCUCGGAGCAGAUGAUGUGAUCGACUACAAAACUGGAAGUGUGGAAGAACAGCUGAAAACGUUACCACUGUUUGAUUUUAUCUUGGAUAAUGUUGGUGGAUCCACUGAAAAAUGGGCUCCUGAUUUCCUCAAAAAAUGGUCUGGAGCCACCUAUGUCUCCUUGAUAACACCCUUCUUGGUCAACAUGGACAGGCUUGGUGUAGCAGAUGGCAUGUUACGGACUGGAAUGACGUUCGGUUCAAAAACUUUCAAGCAUCUUUGUAAAGGGGUUCAUUACCGGUGGGCAUUUUUUGCACCAAGCGGCCCUUAUCUGGAUGAAAUAGCUGAUCUCGUUGAUGCAGGAAAGAUACAUCCAGUUAUUGAUCAAGUUUUCUCCUUUUCUGAUGUUCCCAAGGCCUUCCAGAAGAUGGAAGAAGGGCAUGCACGUGGAAAAACGCGUACAUCGAUAAUCCUGUGCUAUUUGGCAACAAUCCAAUAUUGUGUUGCGAAAGGAUGGAAGCGUUAAAACUCUACAGCCCAA